CUUUCUCAUUCAUCUCUCUCUCUCUCUCUCUCUCUCUCUCUCUCUCUGAUUCUAAUACAUUUUCUUGGAUCUGGAGACACUCCGGAAAACUUGUUUCUCGUAUACUCCUAAUGAGUUUCUCUCUUAUUAACUAGUAGAAGAAUUUCCCUGAUCAUCUGCAAGAAUGCGCAGUCCCAGCUCACUCAAGCAAGAAUUCCUUAAAAGAUGGAUGAGAGGUCUUCAAAGAUGCACUUCUUCAAAGAAAGACAUGAACGUCUUGGAGAGAAAGAAGGUUAUAAAGUUGUCCGCCGAUCUAGCCAUUGCUUCUGCUAGAAAUGGGACAACAUCAUGGAGCCGUGCCCUCAUUGCCAAUGCUUCAAGAGACAAUGAUAACAGAAUCCUGGCCGAGAGAAUCUUGGGCCCGGAGUCUGAUAUUUUGAUAAAAAGAGUUUCAACUUCUGUGGGUACUGUGAGUUGCAACAGGAAGAUUAGAAGCAAGAAGAUCUUGAAAAGGAGCUGUAAUAGUGUCCGUAGAGUCAGAAAAGGUACUCAUCUUCCUCAAAAGGUUCUUGCGAAAUCUAUUGCAAAGAGACUGGUUCAGAAGAGAACACAAAUUCUCAAGAGACUUGUGCCGGGUGGAGAAUUUAUGGAUGAGCUAUCUUUGAUUGAAGAAACCCUUGAUUAUAUCGCAUAUCUGAGGGCUCAAGUUGAUGUCAUGCGAUGUAUUGCUAGUGCCACCGAGCUUAUAAAUCAUAUGAAUAUUGGAGGAAACAAGAUGGUAUAGUAAAGGCAAUGUACAGAUCGAUGAAUCAUAUCAUGUAAGUCAUUCCAAAGCCCUUUUUUUUAAAAAAAAAAACAAAAUUCCUCUUCUUUUC